AUGUCUCGAAAUGAGAUCACUGUCAGGGGUUCCUCACGCAUUCAUCAACCACGGGGCAAGUCCACAGGAAAGGACGACCUGUUCCUCAGUGAGCUCGGGAACAAUCAUCAGCUGAGUCGCUGUACCGACGAAGCCAAUAACACUGAGCAAACACAAGAACCGUCUCCAUCUUCUGAGGAUGAGAUACCUACUGACCCAGAUUUGGACAUACUACCUGACAGCCAUCAUCUCAAGCAGUGGUUCUAUGAAGAAGGUGACCAUAUGCGUGAGGACGACACUGGCAAGAAAAGCUUCGACUUCGCAGGGGAACUUAAUCGUCUGAACCAGGGUGGUGUGCAGCUUAGCUUUGUAGAACGGUUGGAAGAGGUUUUCAAGAUGCCGCAAGUUUCCCUUUCCGAUUCUGGCUCCGCAUUCAAGUCGUGUGCAACUUCCCCUGUCUCGCUGAACUGGGAGCUCCCUGCAGAACACCAGUCCCACCCUGCAGCAUCCCCCUUAAAGAAGUUUCCACCCUACAUCCCUUCGUCCACCGCAUUGACUGCUAUGCAACCCACUCCACCUGCCUGUUUUACGGGCUUCUUCGACAUGGAGAUUCGUGAAGCCAUGGAGGGGAAAUCCUUGGGUAUCCUCGUACUUGGGCUUGAUACUACAUGA